UCUCUCCAUCCACACACAGUGAUUCACACACACAGAAUCGACUACUAUGACGGAGCCGGUCGCCGCCGCCGAUAAAUCCGACGGACUGGAUAUUGUUUCGAUCGGAAAACUAUAUGAAGGUCCUUGGGAGAAAAAGUAUUGGAGCUCAUCUAGGGGUAAAGACCGGCAUCCAUAUCCAGUUGGAUAUGUAUCUCUGCGGGCGAAUAACGGGAAUACCUACAAGAUGGCAAUCCUUGAGGGACUUAAAGGACCCGAAUUUGUGAUUAGUUCAACAGAUGGACAAUCUAGUUCUGGUCAAACUCCAGAUAUUGCAUGGGAUGGCUUUCAAAAAAAGAGCUGUGUUCGUAUAAAGUUUUGGCGAGGAAAGAGAUUCUCGUGUAAGAUAGAUGGCGCAGAGGUAGUUGUUUUGGUUUCUUCUGUGUACACAUUCAAGUUUCUUUUUGGGUUCAAAAAUCCACUUGUCUCGAGGUUAUUACGGGGAUUGAAGGCAAAUGUCAGCGAAACUACAGAGCAAAGUUUGCAAUCUUCUUCCUGUAGCGAUGUGCAGCCAAAAGUAACACGUGAACAUCACGCUGAUGUGGAACCAAAGUUGGUUAAAACUUCGGGUAAAGAGAAAAGGAGUAAGAAGCGUAGAGAAGUUCAUGUGAAAUCACUCAGUGGUACCAAUCCUAAAAGAGGACGACCUCGAGAUCCGAUACAAAGAGAUGAUGGACCACAUUGCAGCCAGAAUGAAGAGAACAGUGGCCUGGAAACGGUUUCUUGUAUUGGAAAUAAUAAUUCUGAAUUGUUAUCAGUAAAAGAUGGUGCGCAGUUUGAUACUUCUAUCACUUCUGAACAUCUUGAAAUGGAGAAGUGUAUGUCUGCCCAAGAUGUUUCUACAGGUUCCAAAGAUCUUAUAUUAAUUGGAGAAGGUACCAACUUGUUUGAAAACCAGGAAAAUCUUGACGUGUCGAUGUCGAACCGCACACUCACCUCUAUGAAGACAGAUGAACAGGUUAACUUACCAGUUCAAAAAGAUUCUCAGAUGUUGAAUGAUGUGGACCUCUAUGCACCUGAUACUUUGGAUCUAACCUUAGACAGUACAUGCAUUCCGGAGGUGGAGAUCCCCAAAGAAAGUACUUGUGCCUUAUAUGAAAAGUUACAUUCAUCUUCAAUUCCAGUUUCUGAAAAUUGUGUAACCGAUUCACAUAUAAAAGAUGAGAUGAUUAUUUCCACCGGAAGCGAAAAUUCUGAGAAGAGUGAUUCAGAUCCACUUGGACAUGAGAUAACCAAUUCAAUGAUGACAUUACUGCUUCCCCGGGCUCUUCCUCUUCUCAGGACUUUCUCAAGAAAGAAAAAGACCUCCAAAAACUGUACAAAGAAAGAUCUUUAUGGAACAACAGAGCAUCAAAGGAAAGAAACUGACCUAUGUCAAGAGGAUGUACCUUCAGCCAAAUAUUCUGAGCAAAUUCAGUUGGAAAAGCUUACUGGUGAAGCUCAUAUUCAAGAGAAACUCUUCACAGGAAAGGAUAGCUGUAAGAAAAAGGAUGAUGCUGUUCUUCUCCCAGGUACAGAUACAAGUACGGUUGCACCUGGUUUAGAGGAUUCAGUAACUGUUGCACCUGAUAGUUUUGAGAACGGUCAAUUUGAAGUCAUGGAGAGUACUCAGGCUGGACAUGUUGAAGAUACUGUUGAAGCUGAUCAAGAUACUGUUAUGAAUUCAUGUACCGAUGAAGGGAUCCAUGUGUUUCCUAAUAAUCAAGCUAGUGAAGCAGUAGAGGGAUUUGGAGCUGCUAUCAUGUCUUCUAUGCUAACUGUUGAUCACGGAGCUCCAAAGGAAACAAUAGGUUUCACUGUAGGUGUUGUUGAUGGCAAUGAAACACGCUCAACCGCCGAUGUAUCUGCCUCAAAUACUCAAAUUGAUAAGUUGAGACAUGGAGAACAAAUUGACAGACUUCAACUGGAUAGAGUACCCACAGGGCCUAACGGUGCACAACAUCAAGACGAUAUUUUUCCUCCAAACUACAAAGUUGUUCCAGAGGUUUGUGGAGAAUCAGUGAACCGUGAAGAACAAUGUGAAGCCUCCGACUCCACCGAAUUGUUUGAGCAGGGUCAUCAGGAGGUAGAUGGUUCACUUUUAGAUCUGCAGGAUCAAAGAGCUAGUCAACAUGUCAAGACUAAAAUGGUGCACAGUAAUAAGGAAGCCAAAAUGUCAUCCAAUGAUGAGUUAGAGAAUGUAUUUGAGCAUUUAGGUUGCUAUGUGCAUCCAACACCAAUCUCAAUGGUAAUGUUGAGAACAAAAGGGAACGAGGUAUUCAUAUGUGUUUUAUGUGGAUCUUUGAUGGAAAAAGACAGAACCUUGCUCUUUUACAAGGCAUCUAUCGAAGGAGAAAGAAGAGGUUGCCCUUCUAUUAUUGGUCAUACAACAAUUGUGUCACCAAUUCCAAGAUAUGCAUCUGGCAGACAAAUUUUGUUGGAUAGCUCAAGUUUGCAGUUUACUCCAGAUGGAGAAUGUCUUGUUCUACUGAAUGAAAUUAAAGCUCCAUACUGCAGGGAAGGCAGUGUGAACUGUUCAUGUUCACCUUGUACAUCAGAUUGUUUCGAGAAGAAUGCAGUAAAAGUUGUGCAAGUAAAACUUGGCUAUGUUGAAGUGGUAUGCAAACUAAAAACCACUAACAACGUAUGCUCUAUAUUAGUUUGUGAACCUAAUUAUCUUGUUGCUGCUGAAGAUAGUGGAAGAGUGAACUUGUGGGCCAUGAACUCACCUUGGAGUGCACCAACAGACCAAAGCUACUUACCAUCAUCUGAUUGCAUGCCAAACUAUAUAGUUGAGAUGAAGAGAAUACCAAGUUUUCCAUCUCUCAUUGUUGGUCACAGUGCAUGUGGGGAUUUCUUCUUGUGGGACCUACCACGAAGAGCCCUUGUGUCCAAGUUUUCAGCUCCAGGAACUUCAUCUCUUCCCUUCCUUCCUAUUAAUAUAUAUAGGUGUCCCAGUCAAGCUUCUUUUACCACAGAUGCUUGUAGAAAGAACAAAGUUGCAGAUAUAAUGGAGGAAACACAAAGGUGGUCUAUGAAAACAGACUGCCAUUCUUCACUUCCAAUAAAUGAAGACCUGUCCCUUGUUCUUCUCAUCUCCUCUGUCUCAAAUGUUGAUCUUCACAAUGACUAUCUAUAUAAAGAUUCCGGAGUCACUCCAGCCGGAUCCUGGAGCCUAGCAUUGUUGGCCAAAGGAAAGCUGGUUCAAGAAAAUUCUUUGGAUCCUAGUGCCACCAUAGCUGGUGCAUCAGCAGGUUAUGGUAUAAUAGGUACAAGAGAAGCUUCUCUAUACAUAUGGGAAAUGUCGACAGGUACUAAGCUCGGUUAUCUGAGUCAUUGCAAAGGAGCCACGUUGUCAUGUUUGGCUGCUGAUGACUCAAAUUCUGGUGCUUUUGCAGUGGCUAUUGAUGACAGCCAGCUGCAGGUAUAUAUUCCUGGAACAUUAGCAAAUAGUAAUAAUCAUGAUUAGACGAGGUAAUUAAUUUGCAGGCCACAACAAAGUUGUGAAUACUUGUAUAUGAGCAAACGAAGUUGGACAAGUAAUUGGAUAACAUGUCCUUUCUUUUACUAGAUCAUGUAGCGUGCCCAUACAAGUAAAUUUUGUAGUAGAAUCUGUAAUUGGGUUGACCCGUGAAUGUUUUUGUCCUUAUUUUGAGUUUUAUCACUAAA